UCGUACAAACUUUCUGUAAAGUCUUUGCUCGUAGGUAAACAUCCCUCGUAGAAGCCCGUGGCGCGCCUAUGAGAGUUUUGCAACUUCGCGGGGAAAAUUGGAUCAAACCUGCUGUUCUCCGGCGAGCGUCGGCCAUGGCAGCGGAAACUGAAGGCAUAGCCCUUCUAUCGAUGUAUGGAGACGAUGAGGAGGAGGAAGAAGCUGCUGUCGCUGCGGAGGAGGAAAAAACUGCCGCCAGUGCCCCGGUGGAAAACGACGACGUCGAAGAUAGCGACGAGAAUCUGAAGGACAACCAGAACAAGAGCAACCAACCACCGCAGCACGUUCCAGACAAAUCCCCUCAACCCUUCAACUCUCCCUCUCUGCUUCAAGCUCUUGAAGGUGCCGAGAUCAAAACCCUAAGGAGUCCAUUUCCGCAUCAAACUCCCACGCCACAGCCGCCAGCGUCUCGGUCGCAGCUUUCUUCUCCAUUAAGCCUGACGUCUCCUUCUCCUCCCGCUGCUCCAGUCCCUCCGUCUGCUGUGCUGGAAUAUCCCGAUGGUCAUAUAGCCAGAAGAAGCGCGCUGGUUAUUGUGGACUACGCUCAAGAUGAAACGGCAAUGUCUCCUGAAGCCGAGAUGUUGGAGAUUGAGGUUUAUGGACGUGUCAUCUUUGGGGCCGAACUUCAUGUUUCUGAUGGGAACAUCGAAGGAACAGCAGCCGUAACUUCCCAGUCACUUGCUGCUCCCAGUCAACAAGAUUCUCUUCCAACGUUUGAUGUAUAUGAGCAAUCCAAAUUUGAGGCCAGUAUCGCAGUGGACUUUACUGGAAUAGAAUCAGAGGUAGCUGAGAUCAAACCUCCUACUGUUUCCACAGAAAUGCAAAUAGAUAAACCCAUGCAGAAUUUCCUUCCAUCAACUGCAACAACAAGGUGCCCUGAAGAACUUCAGGAAAAAAUAAACAAGUUUCUUGCUUAUAAGAAGGCUGGGAAAAGCUUCAAUGCAGACCUGAGAAAUAGGAAGGAUUACCGAAAUCCAAAUUUUCUGCAGCAUGCUGUGAGUUAUCAAGAUAUUGAUGAGAUUGGUACUUGUUUCAGCAAAGAAGUCUUUGACCCACAUGGAUAUGACAAAAGUGACUACUAUGAUGAAAUAGAGGCUGAUUUGAAGCGUGAGCUGGAGAGGAGGGAACAGGAAAGAAAAAAGAAUCAGAAAAUUGAUUUAGCUUCUGGAUGUACACAACCUGGUGGAGUUGCUCAAGCUUUGAAGACUAAUGCACAUAUCCCGGCUGCAGGCAUUUCAUCUAUUCUCGGUUGUUCUUUGCCGCCAAAUUCCACAACUGGGGAUGCUUCAAGGGACAUCCGUACAAAUAAGAAGUCAAAGUGGGACAAGGUUGAUGGUGAUGCUAAAAUUCCAUUGCCUUCUGGAGGGCAUGAUAAUCCUCCUAGCGCCAGUGUGCAUGCAAGUCAUUUAUCUGCUGCCAAUGCUGGUACUGGAUAUAGUGCUUUUGCGCAACUGAAGAGAAGAGAAGCCGAGGAGAAGAAGUCCAGUGAGAGAAAAUUUGACAAGAGGUCAUGACUAAUUUUAUCUCAUUUGUUAUUGUUUGAAAGUCCCCCAUGUCAGUGAAUAUCCUUAUCUAAGGGUGCAUUUGAUUUUUUUUUUCUUUUUGUGGCAUAAUAUUUUCAUCUUCUGAUUCUGUAUUCCCUCAGUAAGAUCUGUAACCAAUUCAUUUCAAGAAACGCUGCAGAAUGUUGAGCCAUUUGUGGCACUGUAACUGACGUUGGGCUUGUUAGGGAGAGAUAACUCUAUUAUGCUCCAGUAGAAGAUAAUGGUUGCAUAUAGGUGAGGAGUGCGGACGGGGAGAACCGUCCGCACAAGCAUGGGGUACCGGCACUCGGUACUGCUGGAUACCGUUGGGUACUCAGUACUUGUGCGGACGGUGCGCACUCCGCACUUAAUAAUUUUUCUGCAUUAUUAUAGGCUCUGAUGUAAGGUCAGUAAAUUACUUUUGCUCUUAUGGUGCUAGAAGAAAUCAUCUUUUUGUUAGAUGAGGUGUACAGUGACAAUUUCUAUUAUUAAAGCUACUGUGGACUGGUGUUGGAAUC